AUGGAAGGUACGGAACUGGUUGAUAUUCCUAUACAAGAGGUUACCAUCGAUGACACGUUCAAACAGAUUGAGAAAAUUAUCGAGAAAACUGGUCUAAUAUGGAAUGGAAUUAUUUUCAACAAAAACAACUCAGACGAGGAUGUGAUGAAAAGAAUUCUCUUCCCUGUUGAUGAACAGUCAGAACAGUACAGAACACUUCUCUUGCCAAAUAUGGAGUAUAACCCACAGAAGAUGAACCGGAAGCGGUUUAAUAUUAACGAAUCUGGAAUUCUGGUCAACAAACUUUCAGAAGUAAAACAUACUGACCUAAUUUCCGGUCUGCAGUGUUUCACUGGAGUCACAGCCAGGACGCAUGUCCCAACGUCUGGAUGUGCGUUCUGGGAGACGGAAGUCGACUGCAUGGUGUGUGAAUCGGCUAAAUUACAUAAACUGAUAGCAGACGUUGGUGUUUGUCUAGACGAGCACUGUGACGAUACAACAGGGAUUCUUAAUAACAAACAUGCGUGGGGUGUUGCUGUGGCCAGCUGUAAAACUCACAACAGUAUCUGUUUAUUUCCUUUUUUCAGUGGAAAGUCUCUGCGCUGUAUUCCUGUGACAGAUUUCAAAACUAACUCACGACUCAAGGUCACACUCGGGCUGUUGAUAGACACCAACAACGCCACUCUCCACAUUAUCCGCGUUGACGACAACACAGUUGUACACUCCAUCCCAAACAUCGACGUGUCGCGACCGCUGAUGCCGAUGUUUGGUGUUCACUCUCCUGGACAUUUCGAUGUUAAAGUGAGAGUAUCGUCUGACACGGAUCUCUCAGUGAAUCGUGAACUGUUGGUCCUGCUCUCGAGUUUAGUGAAAUAAAUCAUAAUGGGAGAGUCGUGAGACCUGAGUCAAUACAAUUCAAACCUGUGGAACCCGGUGCAGACUCCAACCCAGGGCGAGUUUAUAUGACCCAAUGGGGAGGUGUGAAUUCCCGCUCACUAACCAGAAACAACUAACCACUGACCGCUGGCUCGGAUAGCCAUACCAAAUGGCUGAGGUGUAGGCCCAGGGCGGCGUGCUUGGGAAUAAGGAUGAAAACCAAGUUAAAAUGAACUUGACUAGCGCUGUAGUGUCACUAUAACGAAUAUAUAAUUUUUACUGAAUCUGAUACAAGAAAAUGGAGAAUAACACAUUGAAAAUUAUUUAUCUUACGAAACUUAUCUAACAAGCAAAAGAUACUUUUGGAAGUCACAAGCUGCAAGAUAAAUUGUCUCGACGGGCACAAGUGUAUUAUUCUAUUUCUUACAUUCCUUUAAAAAGUAUUUCUUAAUAUUGUUUAACGGGGAAACACUAAUUUGAAAGCCACAACGGGGCAGGUGUGUAACAAAUAAGAGAUUAUACCAACACUAAUUGAAAAGGGAGACUACUACCAAAAGCCUCAUCCAUAGUGUAGUUAACUGUGUUACUGACAUUGAAUCCCACAUUAAUGACAUUGAAUCCCAUUGAAUCCCACAUUAAUGACAUUGAAUCCCACAUUAAUGACAUUGAAUUCCACAUUAAUGACAAUGAAUUCCAAAUUACAUAUUUGUACUUUAUACAGACAUUAUGACGUUGAAGGUGACUGACAUUUGGUAUAAAAUACCAAGUGAGACCUUUUUUCUUUGUCUAUUCUAUAUGUAUAUUAUUUAUAUAUAAUAUGUAUGUUAUUUUGAUAGUGAAAUAUCUCUUGUACCAAUUUUGAAUAGCCCUCUAGAGAUAAAUAUGCAGGAAAGCGACGGACAUAGAGCAUUGUGAUUUUUAUAAAAAGAAAGAAAUAAAUGUUUUA